CUUGGAUCGACAUCCGCUGAAGCAAACGUUUGUUUAAAGCUUAAUCAACUCUGGAGAUUGGAGUCUUCAUCGUUAUCGUCCAUGGAGAAAGCCAAUUUCAGAACCCAUGUCCUUACCAGACACCUAAUCCAAGAAAACCCAUGUGUUGACGAUGAUAUCCUACUACAAUCCUCGCCCUGCAUCGGCUACACGCCGCCGGAGCUAUCCGAACCGGCGGCGUCUUUCGACGUAGCCGAGAUGCGGAAGUUGAUGGACGGACACAACUUGGAGGAGAGGGACUGGCUCUAUGGCCUCAUGAUACAGAGCAGGCUGUUCAACCCAAGAUCAAGGGGUGGUAAAGUGUAUGUAUGGCCGGAUUUUAACCAGUCGAUGGAGCAGCAGAGAGAGAUCACGAUGAGGAGAAUCGCGUACCUCUCGGAUUGCGGGGUUUUCCGGGGAUGGCUGACUGAGAAAGGACCGGAAGCUGAGCUGAGGAAGCUUGCUCUUUUGGAUGUUACUACCAUUUUUGACCAUUCAUUGUCUAUCAAACUUGGCGUUCAUUUCUUUCUCUGGGGAGGAGCAAUCCAAUUUUUUGGUACUAAGCGCCACCACGAUAAGUGGCUGAGGGAUUCUGAAAAUUAUUUGGUUAAAGGUUGCUUUGCCAUGACGGAGUUAGGGCAUGGAAGUAAUGUUCGAGGUAUAGAAACAGUUACAACUUAUGAUUCGAGUACUGGAGAGUUUGUCAUUAACACUCCAUGUGAGUCAGCUCAGAAGUAUUGGAUUGGUGGUGCAGCUAAUCAUGCAACGCAUACAGUUGUUUUUUCACAACUCAACAUUGAUGGGAAAAAUCAGGGGGUUCAUGCAUUUAUCGCUCAGAUCAGAGAUGGAGAUGGGAACAUUUGUCCCAAUGUUCGGAUAGCUGAUUGUGGCCACAAAAUUGGCUUAAAUGGUGUUGACAAUGGUCGUAUCUGGUUUGACAAUGUUCGGGUACCUAGAGAAAAUUUGUUGAAUUCAGUAGCUGAUGUGUCUCCAGAUGGGAAGUAUCUUACUGCGAUUAAGGACCCAGACCAGCGAUUUGGAGCAUUCAUGGCCCCUUUGACAUCUGGACGUGUAACCAUCUCAAGUGCUGCAAUUUACUCAGCAAAGGUUGCCUUAGCAAUUGCCAUAAGGUACUCAUUGACAAGGAGAGCAUUUUCUAUUACACCGAAUGGACCUGAAGUUCUUUUGCUCGAUUACCCAAGUCAUCAAAAACGGCUUUUGCCUCUUCUUGCAAAGACAUAUGCCAUGAGCUUUGCUGCUAACUCACUGAAAAUGAUGUAUGUGAAGAGGACACCUGAAGUGAACAAAACUUUACAUGUUGUUUCCAGUGCAUUCAAGGCUACUUUAACCUGGCAUAAUAUGAGAACCCUUCAGGAAUGCAGGGAAGCCUGUGGAGGCCAGGGCUUGAAGACUGAAAAUCGUAUUGGUCAGUUGAAAGGUGAAUAUGAUGUUCAGGGUACGUUUGAGGGUGACAACAAUGUUCUUAUGCAGCAGGCUAGCAAGGCGCUACUAGCAGAAUAUAUGGCUGUCAAAAGGACGAAAAAGCCAUUCAAAAGCUUGGGAUUGGAACACAUGAAUGAAUCUUCUCCUGUUAUACCUUCUCAGCUUUCAAGUGAUGCCCUAAGGAGUAUCCGUUUCCAGACUGACAUACUCUGCCUGCGGGAGAGAGACCUUUUGAAUCGCUUUGCUGCUGAAGUUUCAGUCAGGCAAUCACAGGGAGAAAGUAAAGAAUAUGCCUUUGCAAUGAGUUACCAACUCGCUGAAGACUUGGGCAGAGCCUUUGCAGACCGAGCAAUUUUCCAAACUUUUGUAGAGGCUGAGGCUUCUGUAAACUCCAUUCCCAUUAAGAAUGCACUUGGUCUCGUAAGAUCAAUGUACGCUCUAUUCACAUUGGACGAAGAUGCUGCAUUCCUACGGUAUGGAUACUUGUCGACAGAUAAUGCUGCCACAAUUAGGAAAGAAGUCGCAAAGCUUUGCAGUGAACUUCGACCACACGCGCUUGCAUUGGUGAACUCCUUUGGCAUACCUGAUGCUUUCUUGAGUCCCAUAGCCUUCAAUUGGAUUGAUGCAAAUGCUUGGUCUUCCAUUUAAGAAUAAUAAUAGCUCAUCACCAUUAUACUGGAAAAUUGAAGUGGUUGACAUCCAUGGUUCUAGAACUUCAGCAAAUAAGAUGCAGAAAAAUUGUUCAUCCCUCAUCAUAUUCCUGCAGCUUGUCAUCAUCAUCAUCAUCAUCAAAUAAAACCUAUUUUACUGUAUUAUAUUAUUACUUCUGUUAAA